AAAACAAAAACAAAAAACCACUUGAGUCAUAUUACAAAUAAUUCUCUCAUUAGCUGUCUUUUCUGUGUUUCAUAUAUUUGAACCUUCAAGUCAGAUCUAUAAAUUAUUUUAUGAUUUAUGGGAGAAAAAACACAACUUUGUUGAGAGAUGAUUUAUUCAUUCAUUAUUAGGCAGCUAUCUAUAACUGUUGUUUGGUAAUAGUGUUUGUUAACUGAUUAAAAAAGAAGGGGCAACGUAGUAUAGCAUGAGGCAGCAGCCAGAAACAUAGUGGUAGAAUGACUUCAGUUGGAUGAAAUGCUGUCUUUUUUGGUUUCAGGUCCCAAAAGUCACCUACACUGAAUUCUGUCAAGGUCGGACGAUGAGAUGGGCCUUAGCUUGGAGUUUUUAUGAUGAUGUAACAGUACCAUCACCACCAAGUAAGCGAAGAAAACUAGAGAAACCAAGGAAACCCAUUACGUUUGUGGUGUUGGCGUCUGUGAUGAAAGAGUUGUCUCUGAAAGCAUCGUCUCUGGGCUCCAAGACGGGGGAAGGCAUCGUGGUCGUCACCACGUGGAUUGAAAAGAUUCUCACUGAUUUGAAGGUCCAGCAUAAACGAGUUCCCUGUGGAAAAGAGGAAGUUAGCCUUUUCCUAACAGUCAUAGAAAACUCCUGGAUUCAUUUAAGGAGAAAGAAAAGAGAGCGAGUGAGACAACUAAGAGAAGUCCCUCGUGCUCCCGAGGAUGUCAUUCAGGCCUUGGAGGAGAAGAAAUCCACGCCCAGAGAGCCCGGCAACAGCCAGGAGAGGGCGCCGUGCGGGCCUGCUCUGCGGGAGGGCAAGCCUGCCGACGCGGAGGGCCAGGGCCUGAGCCAGGAGUCGCUGUCCCCGGAGGAAAACCCAGAACCCAUGGAGGACGAAAGGAGUGAGGAGAAGGGAGAGAUGGAGGUUUUGGAAAGCUGUAAAGGCUCUAGCAACGGAGCCCAGGACCAAGAGGCUUCUGAGCAGUUCAGCAACCCUGUGGCCGCCACGGGGAAGCGUCUCCCAGGCAUGGCUGGGCAGUACCUGUUUAAGUGCUUGAUCAAUGUUAAGAAGGAGGUGGACGAUGCCUUAGUUGAAAUGCACUGGGUUGAGGGCCAGAACAGGGAUUUGAUGAACCAGCUUUGCACCUACAUACGUAACCAAAUUUUUCGGCUUGUUGCUAGUUAACUGGAAACAUCUUGAACAGCUGGAGGCGUGUUUCUAGGAGCUGGCUUUGGAGUGGCUGUGGGGUGGCAGGAGGAAUCCUGUGAGUAGUCCAUUUGUAGCAUUACGGGCCACUGACACGAUUUAUCUUCAGAAACAAGAACCUGUGAAUCUAUCCCACGUCCCCCCACCGCCUUCCUGCUGUUGUUUUUAAGUUACAGGAGUAGUUGUAUGGUCGUUUACAAGGAGGAAUUGUGGUUGUAACAACAGAAGGCCCUUGGUACACUCCCAAGGCUUUGAAAGCUGGCUAGAGCUGGGCCCCUCAGCUGUGGACUGCUUCUGCACAGCCAGAAGUGCUGGAGUGUGGGCUGGGCAGCACUGCCUAGAAUGCCAUGCUCUGUCACCCAGGGGUGUUCCUUGAGGAGCAGCAGCUCUCUCUGCCUCCAGUCGGAGGCCCUGGUACCCUCUUCUAUGUCACUCUUCAAGAUGGAACCUACCUUGCAUCAGUCCACGAAGGGAGCCAGCCCCAUGGUGGGUGGUGGGGAGUCGGGGAAAGAAACCUUAUAAUGGCAGGAAGAAGGACCAGUCUGGGGAGCACCUGGUAGAUGGCACAUUCCUGACACGUAGCUGUUUUGUUUUGCUUACUUCGGAAGCAGAAUUAGGUAAGCCAGACUCCUGAGUGUGACUGAGGCACACAGAAGGCACCCAUACCUCCCCCUCCAGCCUGUUCAAAGUACCCUUUUGUAGCAGUUUUACAACUGCAUGAGUUUCGUUUGGACAUCUGAAGUAAAGCUUGUUUUGUUUUUAAUAUAAGAAUAUUCACAAAUUAAAAACCAGUGGUCUGUUUGAAUCCUGGGGUUGGCUGAGUGAGCGACUGAUGACAGAAAUGACAAAUGGAACAAAACAGUAUGUGCCGUAGGUGGCUGCAGAAAGGCUCAGAUGUUUGGUUGCUGAUCUGACACCGUUUUUUGUGGCUUCGCUUAUAAUCCCUUCUGUGCUUGCCUGCUCACAUUGGAGAGUUCUGAGCCUGGGGUAACCGUGUGCUUAAAACAUGUUUCUAAUACGAAUGCCAGGGUCCUGUAGAAAUAACCCCUGGAAAACUGGCAACCUUUUGCUGUGCUUGACUUUUAACAGCCUGAUGAUGCAUCAGCAGCCUAGGGUUCUAUUUAGACUAAAAUCUUUGCCGGAGCUCCUUGCUAUCGGCUAAGAAGACGGGGGCUGAGUAGCUAAGCCACCCUUCUGAGAGGUGGCUGUUGGUUAGGACAGAAAGCUGAUGACCUUGGCAUAUCUUGGCAGCAGCUAGAUCAGGCCCUCAGCAAAGACACAGGAAAUGGAACGACUAUGCUUUAGUCUGGCUGUGGAGCUGGGGCUAGAGAAGACAGCACAGUGACCAGUGGUGUUUUUGUCGGUUUGUUUGUCUGGAGAUGGCAUUUCACGCUUGUUGCCCAGGCUGGAGUGCAUGGUGCAAUCUCGACUCGAUGCAGCCUCCACCUCCCAGGGUCAAG